AUGCAUGAGUUGGAAGAGCAUGGAGGGCGGCUGGAUUUGAGCACAGACCCGGCCACUCGAGAGUCGUCCCUUGCAAUGCACUUGGUGCCUCUGCGGCUGAUUCUCGGGCUGCUGUCGUCACUCCUUCUGGUCAUGCUGCUUGUCAAGGUCUAUGCCAAGUUGACUGUUGGAAAGUGCAAGUCUUCGGUGGACAUGUCUGGAAAGACGGUCAUCAUCACCGGUUCCAACACAGGGAUCGGCAAGGAGACGGCCCGGGAGCUGGCCAGGCGGAACGCACGAGUGAUCCUGGCAUGCCGGAACCAGGAAAAGGCUCGCGAAGCAGCCGAAGACAUUCUCAAGACCACGGGCAGACAAGUGGUCUGCAUGAAGCUAGACCUGUGCUCCUUCGAUUCUGUUAAAGAGUUUGCUACUCAAGUGAUCGCGUCGGAGGAUCGCCUGGAUGUUCUCAUCAAUAACGCCGGCAUGAUGUCCCCCCCCAAGCGUGAAGAAACAAAGGAUGGCUUCGAGGUCUCUUUCCAAACGAAUCACUUGGGUCAUUUUUUACUCACCCUUCUGCUACUAGACUUGUUAAAGAAAAGCCGACCCAGCCGAAUUGUGGUGGUGGGCUCCGUGGGGCAAAACUUUGCCAACUUGGACUGCGACAACCUUAUUUUUGGGGAGUAUUGGUUCCCGCUUCUCAAUUACUGCGCAACCAAGCAGUGCAACAUGCUUUUCACCGUGGAGCUCAGUCGGAGGCUUGAAGGCACGGGUGUGAUAGUGAACUGCUGCCAUCCAGGUUUGGUUCGGUCGGACCUGGUUAACCGCAGUCAAGACAUCCAAACCUGGUUUAUGAACCGAGUACUGGACGCUUAUGGCAAGAGCCUUUGGGAGGGAUCUCAAGCGGUAGUUUACCUGGCUGUCUCAGAAGACGUAAGGUCGGUCAGUGGUAAGUAUUUCGCCGACUGCAAGGAGUGUUCCGCCGUUCCAUGGGCCACCAACCGAAUGAAGGCGAAGCGACUAUGGGAAGAAUCGCUGAAAAUGACGAACGUCAAAGAGCCUGCGCCUGCGUGACCGUGGAAGUUCGCUGAAAAGUGCCCCUGUGAUAGGGUCUUCCAUGUCGCCUCCGACAUAUUAUCUCACAGCAUCCAAGAUUCAGCAUUGCUGGAAUUUGAUAUUUUUUCGAGCCAACACAGAGCUUUGUACGGGUUCAGUAGCCAGGAAGUCUCCUGGACAAUACUAGUUGAAACGGGUAAAAUGAUACU